AUGCGCGGGAAGCUGCUGCCGCUGGCCGGCCUGUACCUGGUGCAGGGCCUGCCCUACGGGCUGCAGUCCGGCCUGCUGCCCGUGCUGCUGCGCGCCGCCGGGCUCUCCCUGACCCGCGUGGGGCUGGCCAAGGCGCUGUACGCGCCCUGGCUGUUCAAGCUGCUGUGGGCCCCGCUGGUGGACGCGCGCGGCUCCCCGCGCGCCUGGCUGGCGCUCAGCACGGCCGCCCUGGGCCUGGUGUGCGGGCUGCUGGCCGCGCUGCCCCCCGCGGAGGCCGGCCAGGCCGUGCUGCCCCCGGCGGCGGCUGGGCUCCUGCUGCUGCUUAACCUGGGGGCGGCGGUGCAGGACGUGGCCCUGGACACGCUGGCGGUGCAGCUCCUGGAGCCUGCAGAGCUGGGGCCUGGCAACACAGUGCAGGUGGUUGCCUACAAGCUGGGCGCCGUGCUGGGCGGGGGAGGCCUGCUGGCCCUCGUGCCCGCUCUCUCCUGGCACCUGCUUUUUCUGCUCCUGGCCACUAUGUACUGGCUGGCUGCUGCCCUGGCCUGGGCAGCACCGGCCCUGCAGCAACUGCCCCCGCCGCAGCACGCAGCAGCGCCCCCGCGCCGUCUGCAAGACCUGCUGGCGGUGCCCGGGACCCUGUGGACAGCAGGCUUUGUGCUCACUUACAAGCUGGGUGAGCAGGGUGCCAGCAGCCUGUUUCCUCUCUUCCUGUUGGACCGUGGCCUCUCCCCCCAAGAGCUGGGGCUGUGGAACGGAGUGGGGGCCGUGGCCUGCUCCAUCGCUGGCUCCGCCCUGGGGGGUGCCCUGCUGGCCAGGCACUGGCAGCCACUGCCCCUGCUGAGGUCAGCACUUCGGCUCCGCAUUGGGGGCCUGGCCUGCCAGACCGCCCUGCUCCUCCACCUGGACACGCCUGGGGCCGCCCUGGGCCCGGGCACAGCCCCCAGAGGGGCAGCCUUGCUGAGCCUGUGCCUGCAGCAUUUCCUGGGGGGCCUGGUCACGACGCUGGUGUUCACCCUGAUGAUGUGCUGCAGCCGGCGGGCGCCCGGCGCCCUGCAGGCCACACACUACAGCCUCCUGGCCACCCUGGAGCUGCUGGGCAAGCUGCUGCUGGGCGCCCUGGCGGGGGCCCUGGCAGAUAGCCUGGGCCUGCAGCGCUGCUUCUUCUCCUUCCUCGCCCUCACGGCCACGCCGCUCCUCUACCUGGGCCUUGUGCCCGGCUCCCCGGACUGAACUGCCAAGGCCGGGCUGCUCAAGACGUGGCCCGCAAAGCUGUCCCCGGACUGCGUGCCGCACCACACAGGGGCAUUAAAAGCUACUUCAUUGUCUUUAUUCUGUGUUUUGGGGGUGCUGGUUCCCACUAGGGCUGUGGGAGCUGCACUCCUGCUCCCUGCUCUGACGCCUGCCUGCUUGGGUGGUCAGCAGGUCCGUGCCAGGAUCUCCUCUGUGGCCAGGUGCAUAAGUGCAUGGAAGCUCAGGUGCAAGUACUUCCUCCAGAACCGCCGGUCCCGCCCGUACACCUGGGCCGGGUAGCGGGGGCUUCCUGCGGCAGGGCAGGGGCAGAGAGCCCCGGAGAUGGCCUGAGCACCCACUGGUCCGGCCCCACCCGCCUGCUUACCCGGGGCCAGGCGAGAGCCCAGGGUCUCACCGAUGCCAUGGAAGAUGCGGGCCACCGCCCUGCCCGAGAACUGCUGCUCUGGCCACGCAGACAGGAGGUGGCGGGUGUCCCUGCGGACCUGGUCCUCCCAGCCGUGCAGCUGUGGGUGGGCAGCAAGUCAGGACACCUGUUUCCCAGGCCGCCAGCCAUGGUGCAGGCGGGGGUGAGGCUGGCAGGGUCACGGGCAGGUGGCACUCACCUCGGCCUGGCCUGGCCCCGGCCCGGGCUCCUCCUCCAGGAUCCCUGGGUCCUCCUCUUCCUCGAAGUAGCGGCCGAGCAGUGCCUUGAGCCUGGCGCUUCGCUCCUGGUCAGCCUGCUCUAGGCAGGGUCCGCAGCUGGGGAAGGCGACGCUGGGGGAGGGUGAGCCAGUGCUCAGUGCCACGUAGGGGCAGGGGCGAGGGCAGGGGGUG